AUGUUGAUCCGACGCAACUUACCGGUGAUAGUCGCAGCACCAAGAGCUUUCAAGGGAGGCAGACAUUUAGAGACCAACGUCUUGGGGCUAACGUGGGAUCCGCUCAAGGACCUACUUGGUUUAGGUAAAUAUCUCAUGCGUUCCCCGACUGGAGAAGGACAAAACGGGAUUGGAUUUCCACUCAUAAGGAAGGAAGGUUGGAUACCUUUGACAGGGUUGUAUUUUUGGUUGAAAUGGGAUGGUGUUCAAACUCCCGAAAUGCAGUCUAGACAGCGGGCCCUUCCCUUUCCGACUGGACUGACUCGGGGAAGGGUCAAUCUCCUCCGGAGCAUGCUGCACAGCCACUCAUUCGUCCUGACUAAAUAG